CAAGCUUUAGCAUAUUGAUGCAAAAAGCUUGCCCUUCUAAAACGUAUGAAGUGAAACGAGUCAAAAUUUAAAAAAAAAAAAAACCGAAAAAUGAAAACUGUUAAUGUUAAACCGAUGUUACGUUUUUAAAUAAGAAAGAAGAAAAUGAAAAAUACAAACAAUUACUGCAUUCUGCAAUGAACAGCGGUUAUGUUUUCCAAUGGAAAGUGGUUUAACGACAAUGGCGGGACUAUCUCCGUCGAAACGACGAUUACAAAAGGAAUUAAUGUCAUUAAUACGUGAACCACCACCUGGUGUCAGAGUAGAUGGUGAUUCAGCUGGACAAAAUUUGACACAAUGGAUUGUACACAUGGAAGGUGCAAAGGGUACUUUGUACGAGGGUGAAAGAUUUCAAUUACAAUUUAAAUUCAGUUCCAAGUAUCCCUUUGAUUCGCCCGAAGUGACAUUCAUUGGUAAUAUACCAGUUCAUCCACAUGUUUAUAGCAAUGGCCACAUUUGCUUAUCAAUUUUAACCGAUGAUUGGUCACCUGCACUCAGCGUGCAAAGUGUGUGCUUGAGCAUUGUGUCAAUGCUUAGUAGUUGCAAAGAGAAGAAAAGGCCACCGGAUAAUUCUUUCUAUGUGAAAACCUGUAAUAAAAAUCCAAAGAAGACAAAGUGGUGGUAUCAUGAUGACAGUGUCUAAAGGAAAGGUCCGUACAUAAAUCCUCAAGUUGCAUAUGUAUGGGUAUUAUUGGACCAAAUGGAAAGAAAUUUUUCCUGCGUCUUAAAGGAACGAUAAAAAUUUUCACAUUUAAAUUGCUGGGAUUUUAAUACAUAGCUGAAAUAUGUAGGUGCAUAAGCUAGAAAAGUGACUACGGCUUUAUGAUAUACUUACGACCGUAAUAAAAAUGGAAAAAAAAAGAAAAGAAAAAAAAAAAACGGCAAUUUAAAGUAUCGAAGUCGCUCGGUUACGAAUUAUUACAUUGUUAAUAAUAAUAAUGAAAUGUAUUACAUCUUAGGAUUAAAAUGGAAAAUAUUAAAUUCAUAAUGCUAAGAGAAAUACAGUUAAAGAUAAGAUUUAGAUUAAAAAAUUGUGAAAUUUGUUUCUUUUUCUAGAGUAGCAAAUCUCUGUCUGUCAAUACCAAUAUAAACGUAUUAGAAAGGAUCUCUUAUCAUUAUGUAACAUUAAAGCUGUGAAGUGAUCACGAAUUCUAUCGCACGAUGUAAAUUCUUUGUUUAUUAUAUUUAAUCGCAAGCAUGAAAAAGGAAAGUAAUCGAACGUUAGUCGUAUUAAAAAGAAAAAAAAAGGAAAAACGAAAGAAGCGCAAAAAAUAAUAGGUGUUAUGUGAAUCGGAAUGUAAGUAACACGGUAUCAAAAGGUAUUUCAUUCUUUUUAUCUCUUACCCCAAUUAAAGGAGUUUAACAUUAUCGUUACGUAAUCGUUGUGUUACCUCUUAUCUUUCAUAAAAUAGUAUUAACCAGCGUGAUCACGACUUAUCUCUGUGCGACGAUUGGUUUAGUUUGCGUUCGAUAUGUGUGUAGUCUUUCCUGUAUAACGUUUAAACGAUGUUUACGUACGAUAGCUCUUCAUAUUUUAGUACGAUACGGCACGCGUGUUUAACGAUCUUUUUAUGUUACAUAUUUUCUAUCAAUUUAGCGAAGACAUAGUGUAUCUUUUUUCAUAUUAAAAAUAAAGUCUACUGCUUUACGUUAUAAUAUACCGAUAUUAUGCAUUUCCAUGGCUCGUCAUCGAGAGAGAUAAAAAUGUGAAAGGAAGUAUACUCCGUCAAAAGUGAUCUCUUUGAGUUAUCAAAAUUUAGCUUUCGAAAAUUUCGUUUUCGGUCUCGGAAUAUCCGCACGCGCGCGUGUGAUCCAAAUGGUCUACAUAGCGAAUUCGAAUAGUCUAUAUAACGAAUUGAACGCGGAAGCGAAAUAGUCACUGUCAUGUUUACGGCUCUCGAUGAUCGAACAGCCAAUGGACCCCGUUGAAUCGGGUAGACGUUACGAAAUCGCACGUUAAAUUCGACGAGGAGAAAAAGUCGUGAAGACUCAAAAUUGUAAAUGAAAAAAAAAAAAAAUGAUUAAUCUAGCUUCGUUCGAUUUUCAAAGAAUUAGCGAACGUAUUCAUGAUAUUUGACCAAGCUUGUACGGUCAGCGAUAGAUAACGAUCUCUACAUUAAUGAUUCACGAUAUGAUAUGAUACGAUACGAUACGAUACGAUAGAGACAGCAGAGGAUAAUUUAUUCGAACGAAAUUCAAGAUGUCUCCAAGUAAAAAACGAUCAAUGCUCCUCUGCUGUCCAUCGAUUUCAUCUUUGUGCUAUAAAAAUUCCAUUAUUGUAAAAACGAAUUUAUGUCCAGACGACAAUUGAAUAAAUGCAGUCGCUGAAA